AUGUCGGACUCCGUGGAUCGAGUCUUCGUCCAUGCCCUCAACACCGUCAAACGCAUCCCUCGAACCGGAACCGCGCGGCCGCCGGCCACGGAGCGGCUGAAACUCUAUGGAUUAUACAAGCAAAGCAUGGAGGGGGAUGUCGAAGGGGUAAUGGACCGACCUGUCGGGAAUACAGCGGAUGUUUAUAUGGAAUGUGAGAAAUGGGAUGCCUGGUUCGCUCAACGCGGUAUAUCUCGCACAGAGGCCAAACGGCGAUACAUCUCAACCCUUGUUGACACGAUGCACACGUACGCUUCACAAACUGCCGAAGCGCGCGAACUCGUGUCUGAACUUGAAUUCGUCUGGGAUCAGGUCAAAUCAAAUAUGUCUUCCUCCACGGCGGCGUCGAGCCCUGUACAAUCAACUGGGUUUUCUCCAAUACCACAGCCGCAGUCAUCAUAUGGGAGUAUCGGUGCCCAGUUAGCGCAACACCCAGAGUAUCAAUAUCUAGCGUCAACGGCGCGCGGGGACUCUCGCCUGCGUGUAUUAAGUCCUGUCAGUCAGCCUGACGAGAUUUAUCAACGGCGUGCAGCGCGAAAGAACUACGAUCGCGAACAAGGGUCGGAUCAAACAGUUGACGACGAAGACGAUGUAGAUCUAGACGAGGACGAAGAUGAGGAGGAGUAUGCCGAGGCCCAGGCCAAUCUCUAUGGAGACGAUGAGGACGAAGACGAAGUAAGCGGCGUCAUUGAAGAUGAUGACGACGAGCAUGGAUACACAAAUCACGACCCAGAUGGAAAUCGGAGUCGGAAACGCAUUCGCAACCGCAACCGCAACCCCAACGGUAAUGACCACCACACUCCAGACCCAAGCGCAGAGGAGGGAAACGUUCUAUAUCAAGGAGGCAUGCUAAUGCACCAGAGUAAAGACGAUGUCGAUAGCCGGCGAUGGCGCCGCAGAGUCGAGCAGGCCUUGACCAAAAUGACCGCCGAGAUUGCCGCCGCCCGCGAACAGGUGGAAGCACGCGCCCUGUCUGCCCGUCGGAGAUCAGGCGUUUGGGCCUGGCUACGAUGGCUGGUCUGGGUGACCCUCCGGCAGAUCAUCUGGGACUUGGCUGUCUUGGGGAUGUUGUUGAUCUGGAUGCGCUUGCGUCGGGAUCCACGGCUCGAGGAGCAGCUGAAGGCCGGGUGGUCCGUCGUGAAGACCCGAUUAAAGGGCUUGAAGGCUCUGAGAGGCAUGAGGAAAGUAUAUAUACCAUUUCCUUGA